UUCGCAUUAUUCCAAAUUCAGUUUUCUCCCGUUUUCAUCUCCCAUGGCUCGCACGAAGCAAACUGCUCGCAAGUCCACCGGUGGCAAGGCCCCUAGAAAGGAACUCGCUAGGAAGGCUGCGAAGAAAUCUGCUCCAACAACAUAUGGAGUGAAGAAGCCGCAUCGUUUUCGCCCCGGAACUGUUGCCCUACGUGAGAUACGAAAAUACCAAAAGAGUACCGAGCUUCUGAUUCGCAAGUUGCCAUUCCAGCGUUUCGUUCGUGAAAUCGCUCAGAACUUCAAGGCGGACCUGAGGUUUCAGAGCCAUGCGGUUCUUGCACUUCAGGAGGCAGUGGAGGCUUAUCUAGUGGGACUCUUUGAGGACACAAACUUGUGUGCGAUCCACGCCAAGAGAGUUACCAUUAUGCCCAAGGACCUUCAGCUUGCCAGGCGUAUCCGUGGCGAACGUGCUUAAUAAUUAUUAAUUAAUUAGUUUGUUUUAAUUUCUUUUGUUUCAUUCUGAAAUUCCAUUCUUCUGCUCUGCAUAUUUUCCCUUUCUUUUAUGGUAGAUAUUAGGAUUCAUAACAAACCUAUAAUGUGAACAUUUCGUUCUUGCCUUCCU